UUGCGCUCUCUCCAGCCUGUGGCCCGAGUCGCUGCUCCAGAGUUAAGGAUUCCGCUUUGUUGGGAAGGUGCUCCUAAACACGCGGGUGAUUCUGAGCGCGAUCGCCCACACCGCCCCGUGGAACGCGGCUGCAUAAAAAUAUGUGCACUGUCUCUUUAAGAUCCCUUCACUGGUCCGCUUCGUAUUGAUCAAUCCACCAUUUUCCAGCGCACAGCACUCAGCGGCGGAGAGAGAAAGCCCUACCUGGAGACGCCAGGCAGUACCGGGGGCAGUCAUGGCAGCCAACAUGUACCGGGUCGGAGAUUAUGUUUACUUCGAAAACUCCUCCAGUAACCCACUGCUGAUCAGGCGAAUAGAGGAACUCAACAAGACGGCGAAUGGGAAUGUGGAGGCCAAAGUGGUGUGUUUCUACAGACGCAGAGACAUCUCUACAACACUCAUCACCCUCGCUGAUAAACAUGCACGAGAAAUAGAAGAGGAGAUGGAGAACACUGAAAUGGUGGAUCUCCCAGAGAAACAGAAGCAUCAGCUGAGACACAGAGAGCUCUUCCUCUCCAGACAGCUGGAGUCUCUGCCUGCGACACACAUCAGGGGGAAAUGCUGUGUUACACUUCUGAAUGAGACGGAAGCCCUCAAGUCCUAUUUAGACAGAGAGGAUGCUUUUUUCUAUUCGCUGGUAUAUGACCCUCAGCAGAAGACUCUGCUGGCUGAUAAGGGAGAGAUCAGAGUGGGAAAUAAGUACCAGGCUGACAUCACUGACCUCCUCAAAGAGGGAGAGGAUGAUGGUCGGGAGCUGGAAAAACUGGAGGAGAAGGUGUGGGAUCCCAGCAACCCCCUCACAGAGAAACAGAUCGACCAGUUCCUUGUCGUGGCUCGGUCUGUGGGUACGUUUGCGCGGGCUUUAGACUGCAGCAGUUCAGUUCGGCAGCCCAGUCUGCACAUGAGCGCUGCGGCAGCCUCCAGAGACAUCACACUGUUUCACGCCAUGGACACGUUGCAUAAGAAUGGCUAUGACAUGACGCGGGCCAUCGCGGCGCUCGUACCCCAGGGUGGGCCGGUGCUCUGCCGGGAUGAAAUGGAGGAAUGGAGCGCAUCCGAAGCCAACCUGUUCGAGGAAGCGCUCGAGAAAUACGGCAAAGACUUCACUGAUAUCCAGCAAGACUUCCUUCCUUGGAAGUCUCUGACCAGCAUCAUUGAGUAUUACUACAUGUGGAAGACCACAGACAGAUACGUUCAGCAGAAACGAUUAAAAGCAGCCGAGGCUGAGAGCAAGUUAAAGCAGGUUUACAUCCCAAACUAUAACAAGCCCAACCCUAACCAGUUGAGCGUGAACAGUGUGAAGCCAGGGCUUGUGAAUGGAGCAGGGGCUCUUCCGGGAUCACCAGGCCAGCCGGUCGGAUUGGGCAGAGCAUGCGAGAGCUGUUUCACCACUAGCUCGUAUCAGUGGUACUCAUGGGGGCCGCCCAACAUGCAGUGCCGGCUGUGUGCCUCCUGCUGGACUUACUGGAAAAAGUACGGAGGUCUGAAGAUGCCUACCAGACUGGAUGGAGAGAGGCCUGGACCUAACCGCAGCAACAUGAGUCCUCACGGUCUGCCCAUGAGACACAGCGGAAGCCCAAAGUUUGCCGUUAAGACCAGACAGGCUUUCUACCUGAACACGUCUCAGCUGACGAAAGCUGCUCGCCGCGUCUGCCAGGACCUGUUGAGAUCCAGAUAUUUGGCCAGACACCCGUACACACCUGUCAACACUACCGCUAUCAAAGCAGAGUGUGCCAUCAGGUUGCCAGAUAUGUCCAAAAAGCCUCCAUCUCUAAAGCAGACAGUAAGGAAGCCUUUAGAGUCAGUGGUUAGAUAUCUGGAGGCCCACCCCUGCCCACCCAAAUCAGAUCCUCCACGAGGAGCCACCAUUUCCAUGGGCAGCCUGACGCCCAUCAAAUCCACACCCAUCCUCAACAACGGCUCCCCCACCAUCCUGGGCAAACGCACCUACGAGCAGCACAACGGUUUGGAUGGGUCCAAACCCAAAGUUCUGGCUCCUCAGUGGGAAAUAAUGGCCAAGAGGGUUUCUGAACCAAGCCGAACUCCCUCUGGCCUGCAGGAUGAGGUUCACGAGCUGGACUGACCUCUGCUUUGACAACUGACUGCUACACUCUGACCAGAUGAGCAGGUGACUCGAGAGACUUUUUCAGCUCUCAGCGACUGAUGGAACUAAGAGCGGAUCUGCGGUCAGAAAGCCCUGUCCAGGCGGCUCAUUUUUACAGCUGAAGCCAUUGAAAUGACUGCAAAGCCCUGGCGUUUCCAUGGGUUGUCUGUUUUUUUGCAGCCUGUGGCCAAUCGCAGGACUGACCUGAUUGUACAGGACUGAUUAUUAUUAUUUACCAUCAGCUGUUACUUCUGUCAUUGUAAUUAUAAUUAUAAUUAUUACAAUUAUUAUUACUGUUCUUUUUUUUUAUCAAGUAUAACCAUUUUCUUUUUAACGACUUGAGAAAAUGUAAGAAUCUUGAACGUUUCUUGAAACAACUUCCUUCCGAACCAUAAUGUAAAGGUGGGACGGACUGUCAUUUUUGUGUCUUGAGUUGUUUUGUUACAUGUCUGCUCCGAGCCGAUGUGAAGGACUAUACAAUGUCUGUUUCUCUUCAAGUGGAUGCUUGUAUUCUCCGGUUCUGUUAGCCCAUCCUGCCACAGUGGUUUAAAUUAUUCAGAAAGACAACGGAACGUUCUUUUUCUACCUUUUUCAUGAGUAUUGCAACUGCUCCUAUAUGUAAUUUCUCUUUUGUGAAUAUGUAAAUGAAAACAGGAGGGAGUUGUUAUUGUACAGUGGCACAUUUUGGGCCUUUGGUGGUUAUCAAAGCUUGUUGUAAUGGAUUUGCCAUGCACAGCGUAGUCUUUAAAAUGUCUUUUUGUAAAGAAACCUCCCAUGCUCUCUCCUGCAUAUACAGAGAGGUGAUGGGAACUCUGAAAAGGUACUACCCCAUUAAUACAAUGAUACACCUUCUUAAGAAUGAGUUUGUAUGAGAGUGUGGUUUUUGAGUUAUUCCUCACGUAUGCACGCAGCAAAAAAACAGACCGCUUCAGGCCAGGGAUAUGUGAUACAACCCAGUUUACUCUGCAGCUGGCUUAUCAAAUAUUGAUAUCUUUAGGCCAACACAACAAAAUGACAAGGAUGUAUACACAUACAACAGACUGAACUUGUAAACAUUUUUGGAAAAUCUCAAAAAGUAAUGCAACCAAAGAUACUGAGCUUGACGGUUCAAAGGAUGUAUUUUUGGACAACAGCUGGGGAAUGAUAUUUUUAUAGAAAUGUUUUCAUGACCUGCCGUCAUAUCUAAAACAGAAUAGGUAAUAUAAUUUCAUUCUUUACAAAAGAGACGGAAAUUUGGAGUCAGUUGUGAUGGGAGAAAAUGACACAACAGAUAUUUUAGGCAAACAGUAUUUUAAUGUUUUUCAUUUGUUAUUAAAGGGAUAUUUAAUCCAAAAAUAAAAAGAUAUUGUUUAUUCAC